AAACUUUAUAUUGGUCUCAUCUGUGAAUUCUGUGACGAAUGGAAAAAAAUAAAUUACCGACCGACCAAAGAAACUAAACAGAAAUUUCGGAAUCAGUUUAAUUUAUUUAUCUCUGUAAUUCUAUUUCAUGAAGUGCAUGAAAUAUUCUGUAAUGGUGUGAACUUUUGCUGCCUAUCAAACUAAAACUGAUACCUCAGCUCAGUGUUUUGUAAUGUUCGAUGCCAAAUGAAUUGUAAGCCGACAACAUGAAUAACAUAAUUUCUUGGUCAGCUGAAGACGAAGCUAUCAUUGCUACAAACACCGAUGCUUCAGAAUGUAAGAGAUGCGCAGUGGAGCUGGGCUAUUGGAAAGAUGACUAUAUUUCGUAUUUUGUAAAGCAUUGUGACAGGAAGGCCCCGGAGAUCAACCGUGGCUAUUACGCUAGAGUCCGAGCUAUGGAGAUGUUUAUCCACCAAUUUUUAGAGAGGUGUGGUACCAAGUGUCAGAUAAUCAACCUAGGCUGCGGAUUUGACACACUAUACUGGCGUCUUAAAGACUCUACUCAGGCAGUUGCUAACUUUAUUGAGUUGGAUUUUCCUUCAGUCACAGCUAAGAAGUGCCACAUUAUCAAGCGUAAUAAGCAGUUGCUAGAGAAGAUAUCUAAUGAAGACGGCGAGGUGAUCAUCCGCGAGGGCGACCUGCACGCGGACGGCUACCACCUGCUGGGCUGCGACCUGCGCUGCCUGGGCGAGGUGAAGCGCAAGCUGGCGGCGGGCGGCGCGGACGGCGCGCUGCCGGCGCUGCUGCUGGCCGAGUGCGUGCUGGUGUACCUGCGGCCCGACGCCGCCGCCGCGCUGCUGCAGCACCUGGCCGCCGCCUUCCCGCGCGCCGCGCUGCUGGUGUACGAGCAGUGCAACCUGGCCGACAAGUUCGGCGAGGUCAUGCUGCGCAACCUGGAGGCUCGCGGCUGCGCGCUGGCCGGCGAGCGCCUGUGCCGCGAGCCCGCCGCGCAGGCCGAGCGCAUGCGCGCGCUGGGCUUCGAGCACGCGCGCGCCUGGGACAUGCGCGCCGUGUGGCGCGCGCUGCCCGACGACGACCGCGCGCGCGUGGAGCGCCUGGAGCCGCUGGACGAGCAGGAGCUGCUGCAGCAGCUGCACGCGCACUACGCGCUCACCGUGGCCUCGCGCGGCGACAUGUUCGCCGACAUGGACCUCAACGCGUAGGCGCCGCGCCGACGUCUCCCGGUCGCGUUCGUAUUCUUUUAAUUGUCAUUUUUGAUCCGAGAUUGAGGUCGGUGGCACUACCGGAGUUACCUCUGCGCCUUCGAUGGGCGAAUAUGGUGACUGUGUGAAAUCGUGCAUUUCUUUGAAAACACGUUAAAAACUGUUGUAAUACACCGUUGGGGAGCCUUUUGUCGGUAGCGAUUUUUUAAAUAUUUUUGAUUGCCUAGUGCUAUUAUGGCCAAUAUGUUUACCGUCGCCCAUCGACACCCGCAGGCCCGGGGGCGUUACAGGUGCGUUGCCGGCCUUUAAGAAGUAAAUACUAUACUAAUAUUGUCUUAUCAUAUUUGCCAAGUUUCAAGUUGAUACAAGAAUUAGAAGUGCGUGUAAUUCAGAUUCUUAGAUAGUGAUAGUGUUAAUGACAAUUCUUGAAAUGUUAUAUUUUUUAACGACAUUCUAUAUUGUUAUUUAUUUUUUAGCGUUAAGGGUUCGAGUCCCGCUAUAGGCAGUUCGAUUUUUUCAAGUUAUUUAUAAUUUUCAAACAUUCUAUAAUUUCAAAAAUUGGUCAGACUAUGUUAGUCAUUUCGAGAAUCGGUCAUUUCUAGACUAAAAUGCGGUUUCUCACAUGACGCUUGCCGUAAAAUCGCUCGUUUGAAAAGGCUCCUAUCUUUCACUUUUAUCAUAUUAUAGUAGUUAUGCUUCUCAGUUGUUUUUUUUUGUUUUGUUUUGGGCAAAUUGAGUGAUUGCAGUAUUAAAGGUCACAUGUAUUAUAUUUAUUUAUGUUGCUAUUUUUAUUAAACGUAGAUGAGGCAUCUAGUGUUUAUCUUCAACGAGGAUUUAUUUUAUAACAAGUAGACACUGAAAUUAAUGUGAUAAAAUUAUAUUUUUAGAUUAAUGUCUGAAUGUUGCAUCUAAUCAAGUU